UUUCAAAGCGAGUGACAGCUGAUAAAGCUUUCAUUUUCGGGCCAACUAACAGAUGGCACUACAGUCUUCUGAAAACGUCACUUUAAGGCAUCUGUCCCACCCCUGGUUUUAGGUUUAUAGUUCGAACUUCGAAAUGCGAACUUUCUUGAAAUGUUUUUUCGGUAUGGGGCUAUUAAAAAUUAUCUAUAUCAUUUAUAAAUGGUGAUUACUGAUUAUUAACGAUUAUAUUAUUAACCAAUUAUAUUUAACCAAAAUCAAACAGCCUUCGCUCAUAAUUCAAAUGAUAAAAUUUUAUGACAUUGAUAAACAAGUUUUGAGACGUCGAGUAAAAUAUUUAACAUAGCAAGUUAGCUAAGCGUAACAAUUAUGGAAGGAGGAUACGAUGAAAUUAUAUCAGAUAACCCGUUUUUCGUUGAAUUUAAGAAAGAAUAUAGUGACUUAUUUCAACAUUGUAUAUCAGAAUCGUGGAUUGUGUGUGUGCCUCGCAUUGGAAGUCUUAAUACUCGUGUCUUCACCAUUGAGGAUUUCUGUGCUCAUAUUUUAGUGCCUAGUGAUGAGUUACCUGAAACACAUUACAGUACUCUUACCGAGAAACAAGUGACAGUUGGAAACAAAGUUAUAACUCUUGAAGUAACAAAAGGUUUGCCUCUUCACAGUCACAUACUAUUUGAAGAAACAUUUUACACUGAAGAUUUCAUUAAAUACAAGGUAUGGUGUUUAGAAACACCCCUAGAACCUUCUACUAAUAAUGGUGGUGUUGAUGUUACAAAGGAUUGUCUUUCUUCUAUAAAUGAUUGUAUUGAUUUAUUAUGGACGCAAGCUGCAGGUCGACAAGUGCUUGAUCAAAUUGAACUUAAUGUUCAGUUAUUUUUAAAGAAAAAUCCCUCAUUACCCCUAGCUAUAGCUCCUCUGAAAGAUGCAGUAAGUGAGCUAUACACACAAUGUCUGCAGGCAACACUUCAGAACAGAAGAUUAAGAGAGAAGUCAAAGUCAUCUAAACAUAUAAUGGAGAAUAUUAAAGUUGCUGUUGAAUGCUACAUGCAGCAACUCUUGUUUGAUUAUAUUUUCAAACCCAUAUGCACUAGUUGUUCAUAUGAGGAUUCACAUCUUAAUAAAAAGAUUAGAAAUAUGUCAGAUAUACAGCUGCGUGACCUUGAUAUCAAAAAGGAUCUGUAUCAUGCAGUACCACGGGCCAAACAAAUACUAUCCAAAAUAGAUUCUUACAACACUAUUUUGGAAAAAGUCCUUUGCCUUAAACAAGCAUUGAAUGCAAUACAUAAAAAGGACACCAGUAACAACAUAGUAUUCUUAACUGCUGAUGAUUUACUGCCAGUUUUUGUAUUUUUAUUAAUUAAGUCUGGUUUACCCAACUGGUACAGCCAGUUCACAUAUAUGAAAGAAUUUAGAUUUAGUGGUGUAGGUAAAGGGGAUGGAGAUGAAAGCACAUUCCUUAUUACCACUUUGGAAGCUGUUAUUGAACAUAUACAGUCAGGUGCUCUGGCUGGUCCCCCUGAUCCGGAAUCUUACUAUUAUGACAGCAAUCCUUCUGAAGAUAGUCUCAGUUCUACGGAACAAAGACGCAGCAGUUUGACAGAAUCAGUUUCACCACCAGAAAUGAAUCCAAGAGAAGAAACAUUAGAUUAUGUGUUUGACCUUAUUAAGGCAAACCACACAGAACAAGUUCAAAUGGUAUUAGAAAGGAACCAUAAACAUUUAAUAAAUAUGGAAGACAAUGAAAAAACUGCAAUGAACUUGGUAUUAAAUGAAGCUCUAGAUAAUGAUGAUGACAGUGAUACCAGCGAUUUGGAAUUAUAUCAAAAGUUAUGCCAUCCUUUGUGCAACUGUAAGAAGUGUUGUCAAAAAAUAUCUAAGAAUCUCUUAAAAAUAUCACCCACGGUAAACUCUCGUGACAGUCAUGGUUUAACGCCUCUUCAUAUUGCUAGUAUACAUGGGAAAGCUGCAAUUGUUGAGGUAUUAAUUGAAAUGGGUGCUGAAAUAAACACAAGUGACUUAAAUGAAUGCACUCCAUUACAUUACUCAGCAUCAAGAGGUCAUCAAAAUGCCUUAUUAUUGUUAUUACAUUCAGGAGCAGAUAUUAAGAAAACCAAUAUUGAUAAGAACACUCCAUUGCAUAUGGCAGUUAACAAUGGACAUAUUAACUGUGUCAAAGCUCUCAUUUAUUUUGCUGAACAUGGUAGAAAACAGAUUGAUGUAAAUGCUUGUAAUGAGGGUGGCACCACACCUCUGCAUAUGGCAGCUAAAUGGGGAUAUGAAGGUAUUGCUAAGCUACUUAUAGAAAAUGGUGCAGAUCCGUCAUUGCAGAAUCGAAAUGGCAAAACUGCAUUUGACUUAGCCCACAAUUUGAAAAUACUUCAUGUUCUUAAAUCAAGUACUCCAAAUAUGUAUGAAUAUAUACACAUAACCAGCUAUGAUGUCAAAAAGCUGAAUGUGAAAAUUGAUCAUCCGUUCAGUCAAAUGUUACAAAACUUGAAAAUUAGAUCAGGUGACAGGAACAAAGCUUGUAAAACUGUUGAAAAUCUAAAAAGAAUUGAGAGAAUAUUGCAAGCUAUAUCAUAUGGUGAUGUAAAGUUGGCCUGUUUUUAUAUGAAUAUUGAUUAUGAAGUUUAUUUGAACUCGAAAAAUUAUAGUAAAGAAUCUCAAUGCCACCCACUUUGUGAAUGUAUAUGUUGUAAGAAGAAUACAUUGAGAUGUAUAUCUGAUUUUGAUGUUAAUUUCUGUGAUUCUAAUGGUGUCACUGCAUUGCAUGAUGCAGCUAGAUUUGGGUUAGAUGAAUUGUGUAAUAUACUCAUUUUAAAUAAGGCUAAUGUCAAUAUUACCAACAGGAAAGGUCAGACACCUUUGCAUUUAGCAGCAUUAAAUAACAAAAGUGUUGUUUUACGGUGUUUAUUAAAUAAUGGUGCAAAUAUAAAUGCUAUUGAUCUGUCUGGCAACACUGCAUUGCAUGAUGCUUGUGAUGUUGGCAACAUUGGAGCCACCAAAACUUUGAUCGGUUUCAAUCCAGACCUGACAAUGUUGAAUGCAUCCGAAAAGUCCCCACUGGAUGUUGCAAAAGAAAAAGUCCAUUUAACAAUCAUAGAUUUAAUAGAAAAAUAUGUAAAUAAGACAUCAAUAUACAAAUGAUUUAUUGAAUAUAUUAUAUUUUGACCGGUUUGUUGACAGCAUUUAGUAAUGUAAGAGUUACAUUUUGAAACAUUUAUAAUUCUCACUAAAACAUGACAUUUUUAAAAUAAUAUAUACACUACUUUUAUUAAGAAUAACGUUUUUUAUAAUUUAUACAAUAUUAUUUUGACUGUUUUUGUAACAUUCACAGAUAUCUUAAAAAUAUUUUUGAAAUGCAAUUGGCAAUAUUUCACUCAUCCAAAUAAUAAAAAAUAUGUAUCAUUUACAGUAAUUCCUGCCAACUGCACAAAUUUCGUAUAUUUCUGUAGGUGUAGUGCCAUACAAUAUGUGUCCCACUUUACUUUCUUGAGACUGAUUUUAUUUUACAGCAAGAGUUAUCUUUAAUAUCACAAUCUUAGUUUAUAAGUUAAUGAAAAUAAUAAACAUUUUUAAUACAUA